AUGCAUGCACAGCUCAACCUGUGGUUUCGUUGCAAACUCAUCGCAAGACAACCGCGCCCAUCAUCGCUUUUUGUGAUCGACCCGGAGAUGGCCGAUGGCCGAGGGGAGUUCCUUGCUCCCUCUGGUUAUUGGUUAAAGACGAUGGUAGCGUUGAUGAGGAUAGGUUCAAGGCUAAGAAUAUUUCGGUAUCCGCUAUUUGCACAUCUUGCCGUUAUAAAGAUCCUCCUCAAGGGCUUGAUCGACUCUCCUCUUCUCGACAACCCUACGACAACUCAAAUCCUCGAUGUAUUGGCAACAUCUAGCCCUUCUUGCUCACUUCCAGUUGUGCCGUUGGCCGUCCGCUCUCCAUAUCUCAACGCAUGGAUUAAUCUGAAGCUCGAGGAUGGCACGGCCGUUCCUUCGCCAGGUGGUACAUGGCCUACGGUCUGGAAUGGACAAGGCAUCGGCUGGGUUGGCCUUGUUCGCGUCGAUGGCAAAGUGAGCCACGAGUGGCAAGGAAAUCAAGGAGGUUUCCUACCAACGAACACCACUGCGCUAUAUAUGACUGCGACACGAACAAUCUUCACCAUUCAAGCAGGUCCCGUCGAAUUUAACGUGACUUACCUCAGCCCAGUUGAGGAACAGCCGUCCGACUGGGUCCGACAAUCCUUUCCAUUUUCUUAUGUCUCCAUCGACACGGUUUGGUCUACCGACGGUCAGGAGCAUCAGGUUCAAUUCUAUUUAGAUACAACAGGAGAAUGGCUCUCGAAUGAUCAUGACGAAGAGCUCAUCUGGUCUACCUCCGCUGCCCCUAAAUCGAUCAUUCAUUCUAUAAAACGCACCUACCAGCAGCCUUUCAAUGAAAAUGGAGAUUUCUCAACAGAUGGCUCCGUUUAUUUCGCUAUUUCCCAAAUGUAUCCUGGCUUGACCUGGCAGUCAGGAUUCUCCACAGACAUGCGCCUACUAUUCGGGAACCAAGGGGUUCUUAACAACACCGAGGAUGCUCAGCACCGUACGAUGUAUUCUACUCAGCCAGCAGUGGCGACGUCGAUUAAUUUGGGUACCUUUUCGACAACUGCCUCUCCAAUUGUUUGGGCAGUCGGCUACGUCCGCGAUCCCGCGAUCCGUUAUACGGUCGGUCAGAGCACGCAACUCCGUCGCUCAUACUUCUGGACAAAGUACCAAACAAUUAAUGAUGCGAUCGACGAUUUCCUCCUCGAUUUUCCAAACGCAUUAUCCAGAGCUGCUGAGUUGGACAACAAAGUGCUAGCGGACGCCGCGCAAGUGUCAUCAAAAUAUGCCAGCGUCACUGCUCUCUGCCUCCGACAAACCUUUGGAGCUAUGGAUAUUACUGUGUCGAAGACCACAUCUGGUGAUUGGAACGAGUCUGAUGUGAAAGUAUUUAUGAAAGACCUCGGUAACUCGAGACGAAUAAAUCCGAUUGAGGUUCUCUUCGCCGCCCUGCCAGCUUUUCUCUACUUCAAUGCCACUCUUGUACGAUAUCUACUCGACCCCUUGCUGGACUGCUCGAUCUCGUCGAACCCGGUUAAUGGGUACGCACCUGCUGACAUAGGUUCGACAUACCCCAACGUCAAUGGAAUACUCGGAGAUCAAUACUCUUUCGGUCUCGACACUAGUGCAACCAUGUUGACAAUGAUUCUUGCUCAUGCACAGAAGUCUGGUGACGCCACUCUAAUUGAAACAUACUUUCCUCUUUUGAAGCUCUGGGCUGAUUUUCUUGUCGCGAACACCCUCGACACAAACAAGUUCUCGUCGUCGGAUGGUUUAGCGAAGUUCGACUCCAACCUCGCCUUCAAGAGUAUCAUCGGUGUUUAUGCCAUGUCUGAAAUCAGUCGGCUUGUGGAGCAGGGAGCAUCUUCGUAUUCACUGAGUGACAACUACACAUCUGCUGCGGAGAGCAUGACCCAACAGUGGCUCACUCUAGGACUUUCUUCCGAUGGACAUAUGACCUCAUCCAACGGCGUUAAGUCCUCUUGGGGUCUUGCUUAUAGUCUUUAUGCGCUAGCGUUACUCGACGCCUCCUGGAUAGACGAAAAGAUAAUCAACGCCCAAACGUUGUUCUACAGUUCCCAAAUUGGCCUAGCGGGCGCUUAUGGCCUUCCUUACACGAGCGACGCGAGCCUAACACGAUCAGAUUGGACAUUAUUCACUGCAGCAGCACUUACCGACAACAUCUUGAGGGACAACAUGAUUGAUGCGGUUUUUACGAGGAUGCACCUAAACCGCAGCGAUUGCCCCUGGCCAACCUCGUAUGACUCCCAGACAGGGUCGCUGAAUGGUGGUUGUGCAAGUCCUAGCCAAGGGGCAAUGUUUGCUGUACUCGCAAAGAAGCUCUCUAAUCUGCCAAUUUCUGUGAAUGUUUCGAAUGGGGUCAUGAGCAGGAGUCUAACUGCUCCCACGACAUCUGCAACGGGGCCAAUUCAUUCGACAGGAAAUGAGCACCCUCCAACCAGGGGACAGCAAAACAUGAGUGUAAUUAUAGGUAGCGUUCUCGGAUGUCUUGCGAUCGCUGGCUUCAUUUUCGGAUCUCUUUUCUUCCUCCGAAAGCGCUGGAUUAGGAAGACUACCCUGGCUAGGAUGCGGCAUGCAAGUGCUUUCGCCUUCGAAGAAGAGAAAACAGUAACCACUCCAAAAACGGUGCUGGCUGCUGUGGGCAAACGGCAGAUCAUUGCGCUAAGACCAGAACUAGAUUCGCCUAACAGGAUUUCUACCGUCCUUCGCAACGAAGUUGAAGAUCUGCGGAGAGAAGUGGCAGUUUUGCGAGAAAUUCGAUCGGAAGCUGGGCCGCCUCCUGUAUAUGACGGCCCCCUGGUUGUGUAG